AAGGAGCUAAAGACAAGACUGCAGCCAGCACAUUGAGAAACACAGACUAAGCAAGAGAGUGCGAAGAAAACCAAAAAAAUAAAAACUUGGGUGUAUCAGUGUGAACGAGAGGCUGAGCCCAGAGCAGAGGAGACAGGAACACAGGGAAGGAGGAGGAGGGUGAGAAAAAGUCAAAGAGAGAAAGAAGGAAGAGGAAAGAGAGAGGCAUCAGAGCGUGGAACAGGUUCUUUCGGCAGCCCUCGGACUCAGCCUCAGCAGACAUGCCUAACUUUGCCGGCACCUGGAAGAUGAAGAGAAGUGAGAAUUUUGAUGAACUUCUCAAAGCCCUGGGCGUGAACACCAUGCUGAGGAAGGUGGCUGUGGCGGCGGCCUCCAACCCCCACGUGGAGAUCCGUCAGGACGGUGAGAAGUUCUACAUCAAAACAUCCACCAGUGUGCGCACCACUGAGAUCAACUUCCACAUCGGUGAAGAAUUUGAUGAGGAGACAGUGGAUGGACGAAAGUGCAAGAGCCUCGCCACCUGGGAGACGGAGAAUAAGAUGUACUGUAAGCAGACUCUGGUGGAAGGGGACGGCCCCAAAACCUACUGGACCCGAGAGCUGAACGGCGAUGAGCUCAUACUGACUUUUGCGGCAGACGACGUAGUGUGCACACGGAUUUACGUCCGGGAAUGAAGCUCUGCAACCUUCAUCAGGACAAGACAGAAACCCAGUUGGACCACAACAGCUCGUUUAAACCCAACAACACUCUGUCAUGCUAACAUGCUAACGUAUUUGCAAAGUAUCCCGUGUAAUCUUUCAGCAUCAGUCUGCAAAGUAUCCACAAACAAUAGCGAUGUCUCUGUAAUCUGGUUAUUUGUAGUGAGUAUUGUGUCUGCAGUACAGUAGCUGGAUAUCUCAGUGUCCGUAUCUGCAAUCCUGGUGUCAUCCGUGUACGUAGGAUUUAGUCAUCAGUUGCAUUGAUUAGGUAUUCAUUUUCAAUGACAGUAAACAAUAAAAAAAUGGAACAAACCAUA